GGCGUACGGUGCAGACGACGUCGCCAGCGAGCGAAAGAUCAACACACACACAUAAACAACUAUCCAAAUUAAACAAUUUAUAACACAUGAAAUUAAAAAAUUAAUAACCAAACCCCGCGGUACGAUAAUAAAAACCCUUUUUUGCCAAUUGUGUUUUUUUGUUUAUUUUUGUUUGUGCUAAAAAAAAUCAAAUAAAACAAACAACAGAAACGCGCCUUCUACACAAAUUUGAAAAUUUCUAAAACACAACAUAAAAUUACAAUGUUUAAAAUCAAGUGCUAAAUUCGUGUCAAGUUUACAACAAUUUGACAAAGUGCAAAGUGAGUGCAAAGUGUGGAACAACUGCAAAGAAAAAACCAUAUCAACGGUCCGGUGACUAAAGCUCUGUCCUCCUCUCUGCUCCCCCAAACAACUCAACCCGCCAUCUCCCCCACCCGCCUCGAAGAACAGGACGCACAACAACAACGAACUGGACACAGGACUCAAUACUCUACACUACACUACACACACACACACACACACACACACACUACACUAUACACCAGCAUACACCCACACACACACACACUUACACCAACCCCAACCAACACAUACAAUGUAAACGAAACGACUUUGGUUCUUUCAAUAACAUUUUUAUUCAAUUUAUAUAUUCUUCACGCAUUUUCCUUAAUCAACCUUAAAGAAACUAUUUAAAAAACAAAAAACAAAAUAAUAAUAAUUCUAAUAGAAAAAACGUAAACACAAAUACAAGAAAACAACUCACUUUCAUCGUAACUGUUUAAUUUAUUUAUUAUAUAUUACAACUUUUGCAUAGAAAAAGUCAAUCAAUUAUUGUGUGAUAUAUAUAUAUAUAUUUCGAUUUCGAUUCGAUAUUCGAUUCUGUUCAGUGAUAGUUCCAAAACUGAGAACCUUAAAAGCAAAGCAAAGCAAAAAAAGAAAAAAACCAACUUUUGCACACGCAAAUAUGCCAAAACCUUAAUGCAGCAUAAUUAAGCAAAAAAACAAAAACAAAAAAAAACCUUAAUAGUUAUACGCAAAUAAUAAAUAUAUUCUAUAUUGUAAUUAUUGCACCUUGAUUAGUUCAUAUUACAUAUUUUUUUUUAGCAAGUGUUUAGUUACGAUUGUAGUUAACUUAAUGAAUUUCCAUUGUGCAACUGAGAAUACUCACAUAACAAAGAAAGCAAACACAGCUGCAUUUUUGGCCACAUAACUUUAGCUGCUGGGCACACUUAAAGUCAUUCCACAAACAAACACACACACACACAAACACAUACACACACACACAACUGACCAAUGCAAAAAUGUCGCAGCGAAAUGAUGAGCAGAACACAAGCCUCACCAACCUCGACCUCACACAGCAGAAACAAGAACCACAGAAUACAGCAGGCCACCACCAUUCCAGUUCCAGUCCAAGUUCCCCUUCCAAUCCAAGUUCCAGUUCCAGUCCCAGUUCCCAGCUGCCGAUUGCAACGCCAAAUGAGCUGAAGCAGCGACAGAAAUCAUCGCUAUCACCGCUGAAUGUGCGACGCCUCUCCUCCUAUGCCGCACACAAUGAAGCCGCCGAGAUUGGGCCCGAUGAUGGGGUGUUGGCAACGCCUCCGCCCGCCUCCACCACCAUCAAUAUUAACACGAUCAACAAUAACAACAGUAACACCAACAACAAUAACAACACAUCAUCAACGUCCUCAUUAUAUGCCACGCCACCACUGUACCAACAACAAUUGUCAACAAUGACCACAACGACGCCGUUAGACACGGCUUUGGAUGAUAAAUACAAGUUAUUUACCAUCUAUAAUGGAAACGAUCCCGACAAUGAGAAGUUGUCCGGCCUUCCACAUUCGACAACUGGUUCACUAAGCUCAAUCAUCACGACGUCCAUAGCAUCCUCUGAACCGGAUCCUGGUGCGGCGGGCGGCGGCGGCGGUGGAGGCAGCGGACCAGGUGGCAAUGGACCAGGUGGCGGACCAGGUGGAGCGAUACCCGCCGAUGCGUGCAGCAUUGCGGGCAUCAAUGGCAGCUCCGAGGAGAAGUUGGCACUGAAUCGUCCAGGCAUCAAACAGGAGAAAUGGACAACGAUCCUGCUGCAGGUAUCGAUACCGUUCUUUCUCGCUGGCAUUGGCACCAUCGGAGCGGGCAUUGUGCUCGGUCGCGUCGAGAAAUGGUAUGUCUUCAAGAAUGUGAGUGAACUGUUCAUUCUGGUGCCGGCGCUGCUCGGUCUGAAGGGUAAUCUGGACAUGUGCCUCGCCUCGCGUCUCUCCACACAAGUCAAUUUGGGCAAUAUGACGUCGCGUUCGAAUGUGGUGCGAAUGAUUGUGGGCAACAUUGCGCUGGUGCAGGUGCAGGCCACAGUUGCCUCCUUUCUGGUGGCCAUGUUUGCCAUGAGCGUUGGCGCUGCGAUGACCGGCAGCUUCUACUUUGAGAACGCAAUGCUCUUGACCGCCUCGGCCAUGUUUACGGCCACCUCAUCGUGUUUUGUGCUAGAUUUCGUGCUGGUCGCUGUAAUACUGUUCUCGCAAAAGUAUCGCCUGAAUCCGGAUAAUCUGGCCACGCCGUUAGCUGCCUCCAUCGGUGAUGUUGUCUCGAUCAGUUUGCUGUCGUUCAUUGCCUCGCUGCUCUACGAGCACAUAAAAACCCAUCUGUGGAUCACUUUCAUUGUGGUCACCUGCUAUCUGGUGCUGCUGCCCAUGUGGGUCGUCAUUGUGCUGAAGAACGAAUAUACGCGGCCGGUGCUGAAGAGCGGCUGGGUUCCAGUGCUCUCAGCGCUCUGCAUCAGCGGUCUUGGCGGUCUGGUACUCGAUGCCGCUGUGGAGGUGUUCAAUGGUUUUGUCGUCUUUCAGCCGAUCAUUAAUGGCAUUGGCGGCAAUCUGGUGUCGGUGCAGGCCAGCAAGAUAUCGACGAUGCUGCAUCAGAGCUCAAUAAUUGGCAUUAUACCACCGCACACAAAGGUCGUCGAGUGGCCUUGGCGAGCACUGUUCAAAGGCGUUCCUUAUGCAAAGACGGCUCGCAUUCUGAUUGCCAUGUCAAUACCUGGCAAUGUGCUCUUCAUCUUUGUGGCUGACUACAUCAACAUGAACGCUACAACAGUGACGUGGGUGUUUAUGCUAUCAUAUCUUGUCGCCAGUUUGGUGCAGGUCAUGCUGUUGCUGUAUAUUGCGCAUAUCAUAGUGCAUGCCAUGUGGAAGUGGAAGAUCGAUCCGGAUAACUCGGCCAUACCAUAUCUGACGGCGCUGGGCGAUCUGUUGGGCAGCAGUCUGUUGGCUGUCGCGUGGCUCUUUACGAUGUCGGUCGGCAUGCAAUAUGGCUCCAAUAUGGACACAUUGAAUGCGCCCAACUAGAGCGACGUCUUCUGCACUACUCGCGUUCUACUCUGUACGAUAAAAACAAAAACAUAGCUGUGUGGGAUCUGGCUGGCAUCGCUUUUGAUGGCACGCCCACUCUCUUAGUUAGCACGAUAACAACACAACACAACAACAACAACAACCACUACUCUAAUCUAAUGCAGACUCUACUACAACAACAAGAACCACAACAAACAAUACAAAGAACUGUAAUGUACCUAAAUUCAAACAUAGAAACUCUACUACGUAUCUAUGCACACACAUACACAUACACCCACACACACACAAACACACUAAAGCAAGACACCAAAACCUCACACACACAACACACAUAUUUAUGCAAAUAUUUUCAAAAUAUUUCGAAUGUUUAAACUGAAACGAGGAGAAUGAUUAUGAUGAUGAUGCAAAAAAAAAAAAAAAAAAAAAAAAAAAAACUAACAAAAAAAACCUUUUACGUAGCUUUCACAUGGCUUUUGCUUGUGUUCCUUUUGCUCCACCCAGAUAUUAUGUACGAGUCUAUUAUAAAUUUGCAAAAAAUAGGUCUGGAGGUGUCUAUGCCUAUGUCCUGGACAUGGCGAUGCGUAAUAUUUUUUUAAGGCUUUUAGGACAAUAUUAUACACAUUUAAAAUAAGCUCGACAACAAAGGGCAGCCAAGUGCAUGAAAAUAGUAUAACUAACAACAGCAACAACAAACAAAACAAGCAAAACAAUACCGGAUUUUGUUCUUCUGUUAACCCUUUUUCCCCCCUUUCCAUUUCCUUUUCCUUUCUUUAUUAUUAUUAUUAUUAUUUUUUUUGUUUUGUUUUGUGUGCGGCUUACACCUUAUUUAAGCAGCUAAACUAUGAUUAAUUUAAUCCAUAAUUAAUUAUAAUUAUGGCAUACAUAAUUUUAAUAAUAUAUAAAUAAAAUAUAGUAUUAGCGCAGAUUUGAUUUUUGCAAAUUUGGCUUUAUAAUUUUAUAUUAUGUAUUUUUUUUCCUUAAACUGUAGUAUUACGUAUAUUUUUUUCAAUAUCUUUUUUUUUUUUUUUGAUAUACGCACCUCCCAAAAUUGAAAAACACAACCAUAAAUAAACAUACGUAUUUAUUAUUGCCGCAAAUUUUCAAAAAUAAAAAGCGAAAGUGUGUGAAUUUUUGUUUUUCAUAAUUGUAAAAAAUAAUUUAAGUUGAAGAUUAUUUGUGUAUUUGUACGUAAUGGAUAAAUGAAGUAUAUGAAAAGAAAGAAAAAAAAAGCAGUAAUAAUGUAUGUAAUAAUAAUUAUAAAUUAUAUUGUUUGUGCGUUAUGUGAAGCGAACAGGGAAUGAUGAGACGUUCUGAAAGGAAAUGUGAUCGAUAUUUAAUUAUAAAAAUAAAAAUAACAAUAAUUAUAAUAAAUAAAUGUAAUUCAUAAACAUAGCAUGAUUAUUGUGUAACACAAGAAACAAUAAUUACAAUUAAUUAAAAUGUUGGAAUAAACAAAGAAUCGUCGUGACUUUUGCUUUUUUAGCACAUAGAAUUUGAAAUUUCCAGGGACAUAUCUAAAAUUCUCCAACUGUGUGAUCUAGCAAGCACAGUGUUAAUCCUCUAUGAUUAGAGCUACUAAAUUUUAACGUCUCCUCUUUGUUUUUGGUUUUAAAUUCCAUAAACAAAAUUCCAAAGAUGGCGCACAAGGACUGCAGCAAGAACUUCCAGGGCUCUUCCAGCGGAAAUUUGAUGUGCCUGGAGAGGAAGGAGGAUGGCAAAUUGGCUGGCCCCCAUUUAACAUAUAUACGUAGCUGCAUGAAAGAUAUGUUGUGCCAAAUCUGGAGUCCUGAUAUUGUCGAGAGGCAGCGCGAGGGACUUCAACGCGACAAUUCGCCUGCGAGCGAACCAGCUGAAGAGCUUGCUAAUGAUAUUCCCAGCUGUCACGUCAAUAUCGUUGAGAAUAAUUAAAUUCAAUUGCACUAGUUGACAUAAACUAAGAGAAAAUUUAAAUACAAAAGACUUGGGAGUUGAAAAUUGUUGAUAUGUAUAUGUUUGAAAUUUGCAAACAUAGUUAUAAUUAUUUUAUUUUAUCAGCAAACUACUAGCUCUAUUAAAUUGAAUUUAAUAUCUUUUA